AUGCUUUUGAUCCCACGACAACAUGCUGGCCCCGUUGGCCGAGCAUUUGAACCUGAGCUCAAUCGCCCUUCAUAUUCCCACCAGAAGAAGUAUGCAUCGAGUUGUCCAACCUGGCUACCAAAAGUUCUUCAAACAAACAAGCUAUCGCUAUUGGAACGGCUCCCCAACGACGUGCAGAGGCUCAUUUUUUCGAACCUGGACUAUCAGUCUCUCAUCUUCCUGUCCAUGGUGAACCGACAAUUUCAUCGUACAGUAGACCCCCCACGCACGGCAACACUACGAGACAAGUUUGAGUUGGUCAUGAGAGCAGCAAAGGACUUUCCACAACAUUGGGCCAGCGAGAAAAAGAAAGAUCAAAGACCCGGAAACUUAGAGUGCUACUGGUGCUUCCGUGUACGGAGUCCGCAACAUUUUGAUGUGUUACAAGCCAACACGGCCUACUUUGACCCACAAGGCCGAUUGGUACCGGAGCAGGAGGCGGGACCUCAAGACCGGCUUGUGCCCCUCCGCCGCUUCUGUAUCGGAUGUGGAGUAAAGGCUGGACUUCACGCACCAUCUGACUGCAUCGUGACGAGAACAGGCCUGGACCUCUGGACUGCUCUUCAACUUGCCCACUGCGGCCCAAAAGAAGGUGGUGUGGCUGUGAUUAUUCGUCUGCGCGACCCCAGCAUUGUGUCCUAUUACAUCAGGGAAUCUAGGUGA